GGAGCCCAGGCGCGCAGGCGCCUCGCCGAGCCCCGCCCCCCGGUUUCCAGGCAACCGACCCGGAAGUUGCGGAAAGGUGUCUACGGCAGGUGCCGCGAGUCGGCGGAAGAUGGCGGAGGGUGGCGGCGAGUCUGGCGAGCAGGAGCGGAGGUCCUCGGUGCCGCGGCCCCCGAGCGCGCGGGACUUGCAGUUGGCCUUGGCAGAACUGUAUGAAGAGGAAGUGAGAUGCAAACCUUCCAAGUCUGAUAGACCUAAAGCUGCAGUCUUUAAGAGCCCACGAACACCACCUCAGAGGUUUUAUUCAAGUGAACAUGAAUACAGUGGAUUACAUAUAGUUCGGCCUUCAACUGGGAAAAUUGUGAAUGAACUUUUUAAAGAGGCAAGGGAGCAUGGGGCUGUUCCUCUGAAUGAAGCCACAAGAGCUUCAGGUGACGACAAAUCUAAGUCGUUUACAGGUGGAGGAUACAGAUUGGGUAAUUCCUUUUGUAAGCGGUCUGAAUAUAUCUAUGGAGAAAAUCAGCUGCAAGAUGUUCAGAUUUUGCUUAAACUGUGGAGCAAUGGUUUCAGUUUAGAUGAUGGAGAAUUGAGACCUUACAGUGACCCAACAAAUGCUCAAUUUCUGGAGUCUGUUAAAAGAGGGGUGACUCUCAUUGCAUGUAUGCCUGAAAUUCAGCAACUUAUGUUAGAAACCUUUUGAAGUCACAUUGCUACUGACAGAAGAUUUCAAAAGGUUAGUUUGAAGUUACAAUUUGUGAAAGUAAACCAGAUAUUCAAUACUCUGACCCAUUCAAAGAACAUUAUAACUUACCAGUUUUUCUUGUUAAAGGAUGAGAGAAAUCAAGUGAUUUUGCUAUAGAAAUAAAAGGCUUUCUACAUUACGAU